GGCUCCUGUAGGGGCCUUGGGCCCUGCCAACAUCCAGGACAUGGAGCUGAGGGAGGAGUGGCAGGACGACGGCUUCCCGCGUCCUCUCCCAGAGGAUUGUGGGAGUCCAGAGGAGGCGGAGAGCCCGUCAGGUGGUGAGCAGCAACCAGCCCCACCCACCAGCCUCGCUCUGUCAGGAACAGUUGGGGGCGGGACUAAGAAGCGCCUGACGGCCCCGACUCUCAGUCUCACUCUGGGACACAGAGACUCUCGUGACCCGAGCUGUGACGGCCUCUCUGCCGCUGCACUGUCGGCUACGCCAGAUGAAACGCCGUCACUCGACAUCAACCUGGAGGCGCUGGAGACGCCAUCAGGCAGUGAGACAGGAACACUGCCAGACAGCGUGCACGAGCUGGAGUGGGAGGAUGACCUCCCCCGGAUGGCGAGGGGCGGGGCCGGGGCUAUGGCCAGGAGCCCAGUGGAGCAUUCGGAGGGUCUGAUGGAGCUGGACCAGGUGGACAGCAGGGGGCGCCGCUGGAGGAAGUUCUGCAUCUCCGGGCAUGAAUAUCACGUCAACAUGAGCGUACUGGAGCCGUACCUGCAGGUCCUGUCACACGGAGGUCAGAGGUCGCUGAGAAAGUCACAUGGUUCAGUCCGCUCAACACUGUAA